GUGGGGUAAUUGGGUUAUCAACUGACGAUGUUUCAAUCUCGCCGGAGUCCGGUUGAUCGCCGAUCGACGUUUGCGUCGGUCUAUUAAAGCAUUAAGACCCGCUGUCCUCCAACACCGCGAGCAACCAUGUAUUUUCCUACUUUCGCAUGUCUGCUGGGGGCUUUGGUCCUGCCGGCCAUCACGCAGGCCUUCGAGCACACGCCGCUCGAGCUGGCCGUGCCUCGUCUGCACGCCAUCAAGCAGCUGCAUAAAUCCACCGCCAGAGGCCUAUCGCCACGCGCGCUGCCCUACACCGAGCACAACCUCUCCGUGCCCAUCGACCACUUCCACAACGACUCGCGCUACGCCCCUCACACCUCCGACGAGUUCAGCCUGCGCUACUGGUUCGACGCCAGCCACUACCGCAAGGGCGGACCGGUGAUCGUCAUCGCCGCCGGCGAAACCGACGCCACCGAUCGCUUCCCCUUCCUGUCGCAGGGGGUCGUCACGCAGCUGGCCAAAGCCCAUCACGGCAUCGGCGUCAUCCUCGAGCACCGCUACUAUGGCUCCAGCUUCCCUUUCGACUCGCUUGACACCGACAACAUCCGCUUCCUCUCCACCGACCAGGCCCUCGCCGACUACGCCUACUUCGCGGAACAUGUCACCCUCCCGGGCCUCGAGCACGUCGAUCUCAGCCCUAAGUCCACCCCCUGGAUCGCGUACGGCGGAUCCUACGCCGGCGCCUUCGUCGCCUUCCUCCGCAAGCUCUACCCCGAGGUGUACUGGGGCGCGGUGUCGUCGUCGGGCGUAACCCAGGCCAUCAUCGACUACUGGCAGUACUACGAGCCGAUCCGGCAGUACGCGCCGAGCGACUGCAUCCGCGCGACGCAGGAGUUCAUCGACGUCGUGGACCGCGUGCUGAUCGACCACGCCGAGAACAAGACGCUCAAUUCCCAGCUGAAGACGGCGUUCGGGGCGUCCGCGCAGUACGACGACGUCACCUUCGCCAGCUCGCUGUCUGUCGGGUUGGACGACUUCCAGGGCCGAAACUGGGACCCGGCUAUCGGGAGCUUGGGGUUCAGACGGUACUGCGAUAACAUCACCGCGACGGACCUGCUGUAUCCCGAGACCAAGAAGGUCGAGGACUCGAUCAAGCAGAUUGUCGACGUGGCCGGGUACGACGCGGAGAACGAGACGUUCGUGACGCAGAUCCUCAACCACGUCGGGUUUCUCGAUAAGCUGGUAUUCUCGUACUCGGAUGCCGAUCUCGACUCAACCUCCGACUCUGACCCCAACCCUAUCGCAUCAAACAACUCCACCGCCAAACCCCUCCCCAAAUCCUCCGGCACCAGCUGGAGCUACCAAGUGUGCACGGAAUGGGGGUACUUCACGACCGGCACGGGGGUGCCCAACGACACACUUCCUCUGAUCUCGCGCGUGCUCGACAUCCCCGCGCUCUCGAGCUUCUGCCCAUCGCAGUUCGGAAUCACCACGCCGCCUCAAGUCGAGAACAUCAACCAGCACGGGGGGUACGAUUUCUCGUUCCCCCGCGUGGCGAUCAUCGACGGACUGGCGGACCCCUGGCGCGACGCGACGCCGCACGCCGACGGAACCGCCAAGCGCGAGUCUAGCGAUGAAGAGCCGUUUAUUCUGCUGGACAUCGCGGCGGAGGACGUGUGGGAUGGGGUGCGCGGGGCGGUGCAUCAUUGGGAUCAGAACGGGGUGGUGGGGAAUCAGACGGGUGUUGUGCCGAAGGAGGUGAAGGAGGUGCAGAAGGAGGUGGUGCGGUUUGUGGGCGUUUGGUUGGAGAAGUGGAGUGAGAGUAGGAAUAGUACAGGCUUAAGGAAGGGGGUUGCACAUGAUCUGAAGUGAUGGAUAUUUAUUGGAGAUAAUGGAUCGUGGGUCCGAGCGAGUCUGAACCGUGGUUAGAGCAUGAUCUAUGCUGAUACGAACGGAUAUGACUGGCUGUGGCGUUCGUAUAAGUACUCGAAUAUGACAUGAAC